UGUGUUCUGUGAGGGUGAGUUUGUGGAGCAGCGACAUGGAUUUCUGCCGGAAACAGGUGAAGACGGACUGCGAGCUGCUGCUGAGCCGCUUCCAGCAAACAGAGUCCGUCCGCUUCGAGGUGUUCUCUGGCAUCUGGAGGGACAUGAGCUUCUCACACAUCUUCUACGGAACUUUAAGCCACGAGAAAAGAACGUUCAGUCGCCUGGUCCUGGACGUGGCCGGCAGCUUCUUCCUGCCGCCCUUCAGCUUCCAGAUCCGAGUGGGAGGACUCUACCUGCUGUACAGUUUGUAUCACAGCCAGACGGCCGCGCCCUCUGAGCAGAUCCGCCUGGCGCUGAAGGACUGGGAGGACGUGAAGAAGUUUGAGAAAGACGCCGUGGACGCUCAGCACCUCGACGCCGUCUACAUCCUCCGACAGCUGAUGUUCUGCAAAGCUUUCCAUUUCACUGCCAUGCCGACGCCGCUCGUCUACAGGAAGAAGAGGAAAGCUGAGAGGUCAGCGCUAUGCGAGGCGUUCAUGGAACGAGCGUCUCGUCCUCAGGAGCUGAUCAACGUGGAGUUUCUGGAGGAGCUGAGCAACAUUCACGAGCUCUACGAGAAGCUGAAGACGUCCGUCGCGUCUCCAGCAUCGGAGCCGUCCGUCCACCUGAUCCGGAAAAACCUCGUCCCUCGGCUUCGCAGCGCCGUCGUGGACUUCUACAAGUGGCAGCACAGGAAGGACAGCGCCGAUGAAGAUGACGACGCUGGUGAAGGAACGUCGUCUCAGCAGGAGUGCUCCAGAAGAGCCCAACUUCUGGCCUCCAUCAAAUCAAAGGCGUACGGAGAAGCAGCAGAGGCCUCCAAGUCCAGGCGUCAUCGUCAGGUGGAGGUGGAUUUCACCUGCGAUGAAUCCGGCCCCGCCCCCACGGCGGCUCGCUCCAGGGCCAGCAAACCGUCACUCAAAGCCAGAACCAAUGAGAACGUCCGGAUCUCAGGCGACGUUUGGAAGGAAGCCGAGGAGACGACGCUGAUCAACCGUCUGGCCGUGCUGGACUCUGAAGAAAAAAGAAAACGGUUCAAAAGGUUCAAGUGGUCAUGAAGAAAAUGCAGAAGAAAGAACCUGCUGCUCAGACGUUUUGCUGAUGUUUUACUGCCUUGUUUCCUUCUUUCAGACUUUCACUGGAAAUGUUUUUACAUUUUUUACAUGCGUUCAUUCGUUUUUUAAAACUGAAGCAUUCAGACUGUUGUGUUUCGAGUAAAACUAUGUAAUAAGCGUUCACUGUUUUAUAGAGAAGCUGUGUUUUUGUCCGUCUUUUUCUUCUAUUAUAUGUCAGAUGUUUGAAGAACCUGCUUUUCCUCUUCUGCCAUUUUGGUGAAAGUAGUUUAGUCUAUUUUAAAUGUAUUUAUGAUGCAAUUUUUGCUUCAACUUGCAUUUACUGUUAUUUUCUGCUUUUUUAGUAACACCAUUUGUCAGAAAGAUAAAAGCUUAUAAAGUUAAAUAUGCUUACUUUCUAAUUCCUGGUCUCAUAAUUUAUUCAUUUUUGAUGAGCUGACCUCCUCAAAACAGAUAAAUUUAAAGAACAGGACGAAGGAGUGAGAACUUUUUAUUUGUUGGAAUAAACAUCUUAACUGGU